GUUUCUGUUAAUAAUUAAUCCUCACUUACCCUCUAGCAUUAAGUGAGGAAAGAGAGAAAAUCUGUUCGGAUAUGUCGCCAUGGAAGGAAUCACUAAUGGAAACACAGGUGCAGCAACGGCAGGGCGGUCGCUGUAUGGACUGUAUCCUUACAAGGCCAGCAUGAUCGGUCUGGAGAAGCUAGCCGAUCCGUCUGGAGCCUGGGAUAUCGUGGAGACCAUCGGGAAGGGGACCUAUGGAAAGGUCUACCGGGUGACCAACAAGAAGGAUGGCAGUCAGGCCGCUGUCAAAGUCCUGGACCCGAUCAACGAUGUGGACGAAGAGAUCGAGGCGGAGUACAACAUCCUGCGCUCUCUGUCCAACCACCCCAACGUGGUCAAGUUCUACGGAAUGUUCUACAAGUCCGACAACAUCUCCGGAGGGCAGCUCUGGUUGGUUCUGGAGCUGUGCAACGGUGGCUCUGUCACCGAGCUCAUCAAAGGCCUGCUCAUGCGAGACCAGAGACUGCAGGAGCCCGUUAUCGCGUACAUCUUAUUCGGCGCCCUCUCCGGCCUGCAGCAUUUACACAACAACAGGAUCAUCCAUCGUGACGUCAAAGGAAACAACAUCCUUCUGACAAACAGGGGAGGAGUCAAACUCGUUGACUUUGGUGUGUCCGCUCAGCUGACCAGUGCACGCCUGCGGAGGAACACGUCCGUGGGCACGCCGUUCUGGAUGGCCCCCGAGGUCAUCGCCUGCGAGCAGCAGUACGACUACUCGUACGAUGCCCGCUGCGACGUGUGGUCGCUGGGCAUCACGGCCAUCGAGCUGGCCGACGGAGACCCCCCGCUGUCGGAGAUGCACCCCGUCAAAGCCCUCUUCAAGAUCCCACGGUGA